CAUAGUACAAGGCCAGUCACCUCAUGCAAUUCGUUCUCUGAUCUUCUUCUCCCUGUUAGCCUAAGGGCUAGAGGAAGACUAGGACAUAAGCCUACAUUUCUCCAACAAUGCUGCUAAGUGCUAAGUAUGAAUGUAAAUCUUUUUCUGUGUAUGCUAGGGAUUUGAGAGGUGCAGGAAGCCUGCAGGCAUGGGGACUAAUGAAGUGAUGAUAAUGAUGACAGCAUGACCUUCCAGGAUCUGAUAAAAAGCUGGUAGUGAAGUUGGAGAAGUGACCAAUUAAAGUUGUUUUCUUGUUCUGAAAUAAAGGAUUCGUUCUACUUUUAUUUGAGGUUCCCAUACAGAGAAGAUUGAAUCUCAUAAACCAUGAGAGUGGGUCUGAAGAGGCAGGCAUAAGCAGUGCAACUGUGGAAAUACAAGUUAUAAAGGAGGGAAGGCAGGACAACAUGGCCUGUGAUGGGAGAGCAUUUUAUUCCCCCAAUAUUAUCAUGAAGAGUGAGGACAGCUCUGCUAAUUCCAUUGCUGCCAUGAUUGCUGUUGGCUCUUGUACUCCACCUGCAACAUUUCAAGGCAAUCGAUCACUAGGUGCUUUUGACUCUGGAAGUGAAAGGAAGAUUUUAGGUAAAUGCAGGUCUUUCUCAGCUUUAGACAUGUCUGAGGAUCUGGGAGACGAAGAUGGCUCUGAUGACUCAAUCCACUUGGGAGAGAAGAAAAGAAGGCUGACCUUUGAGCAGGUUAGGGCUCUGGAAAAAAAUUUUGAGGUGACAAAUAAAUUGGAGCCUGAGAAGAAAAUACAGCUAGCAAGAGCCCUAGGCCUGCAGCCAAGACAAAUUGCAGUGUGGUUUCAGAAUAGAAGAGCAAGAUGGAAGACCAAGCAACUCGAGAGAGACUUUGAUGUUCUCAAGCAGGAUCAUGAUUCUCUCAAGAAAGACUUUGACAACCUUGUGGAAGAGAAUAGAAAUCUUCAGGCCAUGGUCCAACGUCUGAGAGGCAAAUUGAUGAGCAGCCAAGACCAAAAGAGUCAGCUGAAUUCUUCUCUCAUGGAGGAAAAUGAGUUACCAGUGCCCAUGUUGUCAGGAACUGCUGAUAAUGUCAAUACAAACAAGGAAAAUGAAGGGCCUUCCAGCAUAGGGAGUGAAGCCAGUUCUGUACUGAACAUUGACAGCCCAGGAACCAUUGACAGUCAACAGAAUAACACCAUUGAUUCAGCUAUGAAAACAUGUGUGGCUUAUCCUCAAUGCAGUAUUGGUAUCAGGCCUAAGGUGGAGGAAAAUUUGAAUCAAGCAGAUGAACCCAAUUUCAAUUUGUUUUACAGUAAUUUAGAGGAAGCAGGUGCUCUGUGGUGGGAAUAUUGGCCCCAAACCCUCUAACAAGGGAUCUGCAAGAUCUCAUAUACACUACCUAUUUCUAAGUAAAACUUAGUUUUUUUUAUCUUCUUAAGAAGGUAUUUCCAUCACCACAUAAAGAUAAGCAAAUCAGCGUAUCUGUUUAUGAUAAUGGUCAUGAUUGCAUUAUUUUCCA